AUGAAAAUUUCUGCUGUCCUCACAUCCCUGUUGGCGAGCAUGUCGUCUGCUGUCGCACACCAAGCUUCCCUCGCGCCUUUCAAGUUUGAUCAUUUCCCCCUUGGGUCCAUUCGUCCAGGGGGUUGGCUACGAGACCAGAUCCAGCUGUCGGCGGACGGCCUUGGUGGCCAUCUAUUCGAUUUCUACCGCUACGUUGCCCGCUCUACUUGGCUCGGCGGUAGUUAUGAGUAUAGCGAGCUUCACGAGUCAGCGCCCUACUGGUUCAACUACAUCGUGCCUCUCGCCUGGACUCUUGACGAUGCGCGACUGAAGAAACAAGCACGGCAGUUUCUCGAUUAUGUACUCGACAAUCAAGCUGAUGACGGCUGGCUCGGGCCUGAGACAACAAGACAGACACGGGGCAUAUGGGCGAGAAGCCUGCUAGCAUUUGGCUUAACUCAAUACGCCGAAGCCGACGAAAGCCAAGAGCAGCGAAUUGUUGAUGCUAUGCACCGCUUUACGAAACUAGUCCACUCCAUGCUCAAAGACAAUUUCACUGGUUUACUGCAGGACAAAUCUCUGGAAGACAACUUCGACCCUUUCGGCUUUGGCUUGUCGCGAACCCACGAGCUGCCCAUCUCCCUGAUGUGGCUGUACGAAAACCAUCCCCGUGAGAAUGGGGACGUCAUCCUUGAGACAAUUGAUCUCAUGUUUGAGGGCGGCCGUGUUGGCGGCAGGGACUGGACUAAGUUCUUCGUCAAAGGCGUCUUCCCAGAAGAUGGCAAUUUUAAAACUAGCGGCUUCACCCAUGGUGUUAACUUGGCACAGGGCCUGCGGUAUCCAACAGUGCUGUAUAGACGCAACAGUAGUGAAGCCCUUGUUCAACAGACCUUCGACGCUGUUAACAUGACCGCCACGUAUCAUACAUCACUGUCCGGGACAAUAAUUGGAGACGAGCAUAUCGGUAAUUUGAGCCCACAACGAGGCUCUGAGCUUUGCAUGGCUGUUGAAUCCAUGUUUUCGUAUGCCUACCUCUACCGCUUCCACGGUGCUAACGAAUUUGCCGACCGUGCUGAGCUGGCCGCCUUCAACGCCUUCCCAGCAGCGAUGAGUCCUGAUUCUCUAGGGUGGUCGCAUCAAUACGUCACGCAGACGAAUGAGCCUUGGUCGCGGAAUCUCACUGGGGAUCCCUUCUUCAAUGUUGUCUCAUACGGCAACACUUACGGGCUGGAGCCUAAUUUUCCUUGUUGCACUGUCAACCACCCUCAAGGGUACCCAAAAUAUGUUGCAUCUUCUUACGUUUACACGGAGCACAAUAAAAUUGCACAUAUUCUGCUAGGCCCCACGUCACUAGAAACCAAACUCCAAGGAAAGAGAGUCAAAGUUGAAUGUGAUACCAAUUAUCCAUUCUCAUCCAUAUUGCAAUACACAAUAACUACAGAGACAUCUUUCGAAUUUGGUGUCCGCGUUCCUAACUGGACGACGCCCGAGGCCACUGCACAAGUUGGACGGCAGAGACCUUGCCACCUCUCCCCUGAUUCUAAUGGCUUACACUACACUAAAGUGUUGCCAGGAGUCACAAAGAUCAUAGUCAAGCUCCCCAUGGACGUACAUAUUGUCACUCGCAACGAGACCGUUGGUGUUUACUACGGUCCUCUGCUCUAUGCUGCCGAUAUUGCAUACAAGGAAACAGCUCAUCAGCCCUUGAAUUGGACAGACCGCACCCCACUCGACGACUCUGAGUCGCACCCGAAGGCAAUGGACCACAUUCUCGAGCCGGUAUCGCCAUGGAAGUUCGCCAUCGAUCCCGAGACUAUCUCAGUCAACACUGGCUCCGCGCAGGGCAAAACUCUUCCGAAUCCCAUCUUCAGUCGCGGUGGGCCACUAAUAUCACUAUACGUGGACGCGUAUCCAAUCGACUGGCCGAUACAAUUUGACACAGCUGCUCUGCCUCCUAUAAAUCCAGAGGUAGACCCAGAGACAAAAACAAGACUCAAGUUAAUCCCAUAUGGAGCUUCGAAGCUACAUAUAGCCCAGUUUCCUGUUGCUAGGCUUCCAAACAAAACUUGA